AUUUGUAUUUAAAAGCUCAAUUCAUAUCAUCUAGGUUUAAUGAAAUUAAAGAAAAAUAUAAUGAAAUACUCUUAAUGCUUGAUGGUGAAAAAAGCUUAAAAUUCGCAGAAGCAUCAAAAUAUCAAGAUUGUAUUUACAUUUGUGAGAUGCAUUUAUGA